AAGUUUUGAUCCCGAAAUUAGGUUUGGGAUAUAUAGCUACCCUGGCUCAAUGCCUCGCAUCUUUGUUUCUGCGGUUUUUGAUCUCCUGUUUGUUGAUUCAAGAUGUUCCUUAAGUGUAGAAAAGUCGUUUGGGCUUUGCUCAUUGGAACUGUGAGCGCUGGAACGGUGACUUAUAGCAUUCCAGCAAGUGUACCUACGUCCGCGACGCCGUUGGAUGUUGCUCCAGUUGGGAUAUCAUUCGAAUUUUUUACCUUCCCAUCGUACUUCCUCAAUGUCUCGGCGACGAAUCAAUGUCUGAAGAAUUUCGAGACUUUGACAGGAGUAUGGCCUCCGAUCCGAAUUGGUGGAACAACACAAGAUCGAGCCACUUAUGAUCCUUCUACAUCGGCAUAUGUUGUGUAUUCGGUUGCCGCUCCGACUGAUGCUCCUGCGAGCUUGACUUUUGGUCAAUCCUUUAUGUCUCUUGCUUCGACUUAUGCUGGAAACGUAGUUCUGGGUCUCAAUCGAGCACACGACAACAUCUCGAACACAAUCGCAGCUGCUAAAGUCGCCACAGCGAAAAUGAGUAAUCUGCGAGCAAUCGAGCUGGGGAACGAGCCCGAAUAUUACCUAACUGACGAUCAACCCAUCGCCACAGAAUCAGGAACCUGGACACCCGCCAUCGACGCCGCCUCCCAAGACAACUGGGACAUCCUCGUCGGCAGCGCCCUUUCCAAAACAAACAUAAUCCAAGCCGGCAACUCCAACUCCGCGCCUCCCACCUGGGGCGCCGCCGAACUCAUCGCCACAGAAAACGACACAGUGCAAUCCUACGUCUACGAUUACGCCCACCACAACUACCCCGGCGGAACCAUCUCCUCGCUCAUGUCACACAGCGACAUCAGCUCCAACCUCGCGAUCUUCAACGACGAUAUCGCCGCCGCCGCUACCACAGGCAAAGACUACGUGCUGGGAGAAACGAACUCGGUUUCUGGCGGCGGGGCAAGUACCGUUAGUCCGCUCUUCGGCGCCGCGCUCUGGACGCUGGAUUAUUCUGUCCUAGCUUCCAGCCUGGGUAUCAAGAGGACGUAUUUCCACCACGGCACCAUCGGUGCUUGCUACUACUGUUUCUGGGGGCGCUACGAUAUGGGGGCUCCAUACUACGGGGCCUAUGUCGCGACGGCGUUCAUGGCUGGCGCGGCAGCGGUGGUGGAGCUGGAUGAUGGGUCGACGGAUUAUGCUGCGUAUGUGGUGUUUGAUGGCGCCGGGAGCCCGUUGAGGGUUUUGUUAGUUAAUAGUGAUUAUUAUUCGAGUGGGACGAGGGGGUCGGAGACGUUUGUUUUGGGUGGGUUGGGAGGAGCGGCGAGUGUGAAGAGUAAGAGGUUGACGGCGGCGAGUGCGAAUAGUAGGGUUGAUCAGGGUGGGAAUCCGACGUUUGGGGGGCAGACGUUUGCGAAUGAGACGUGUGUUAUUGGUGGGACGGAGACUUUUGAGAGUACGGCCGUGAGUGGUGGGACGGGCAGCUUUGUUGUUGGUGCUAGUGAGGCUUUGCUUGUAUAUCUGCAGUAGGCGGUCGAAAAGCGAUUUUUUCAGCAAUAAUCAAUAACCAAAAUUACAACUUCUGAAUCGAGACGGAAGUUGUAAACUUCGAAAAACGCUACACUGUGUGAAGUGUGUGCACCCAAUCGAAAUUAUGUAUAAUUGGAACGACCAUACAAACCUCGCCGGGGAUAUACGGGUACCUCAUCAUCAUCAGGUACAAAACACAACUCACCUGGGAUGAACUGCCGAAGCCUAAAC